GCGGCCCGGAAAAUGGCAGCUCGCUGGAGUAGUGAAAAUGUGGUGGUUGAGUUUCGAGACUCGCAGGCCACAGCUAUGUCAGUGGAGUGCCUUGGGCGCCUUGCAGUGUUGUCUGGGCGUCGUUUUUUAUACAUAGUAAAUUUGGAUGCACCAGCUGAGAUUCCACGGAAGAUUUCCAGACAGAGUAAAUGGGACAUAGGGACGGUGCAGUGGAAUCCCCAUGAGUCUUGCUGCUAUUACUUUGCUGCUUCGAGUAACCAGAGAGUUGAUAUUUAUAAGUGGCAUGAUGGGGCAGGUGAAAUCCAUACAUCUCUACAAGGACACACAAGAGUCAUAAGUGAUCUUGAUUGGUCAUGGUUUGAGCCUGAGCUUCUGGUUACUAGCUCUGUAGACACCUACAUCUAUGUUUGGGAUACAAGGGAUACAAGGAAACCAACAGUUGCACUUUCAGCUGUAGCUGGUGCAUCACAAGUUAAGUGGAACAAGAGGAAUCAAAAUUGUCUAGCUACAAGCCAUGAUGGGGAUGUUCGUAUUUGGGACAAGCGGAAACCCAACACAGCAGUGGAGUAUGUAGCUGCACAUUUGUCUAAGAUUCAUGGUCUGGACUGGCAUCCUGAUAAUGAAUUUGUACUUGCAACAUCCAGCCAGGACAAUUCUGUGCGGUUUUGGGAUUACAGGCAGCCAAGAAAAUACCUCAAUAUUUUGUCAUGUCAGGUUCCUGUUUGGAAAGCUAGAUACACGCCAUUCUCAAAUGGCUUAGUGACUGUCAUGGUGCCUCAGCUGCGCAGAGAAAACAGCCUUCUCCUGUGGAGCAUGUUUGAUCUGAAUGUUCCUGUUCAUACUUUUGUGGGCCAUGAUGAUGUGGUGCUUGAAUUUCAGUGGCGUUGUCAAAAGGAAGGAUCAAAGGAUUAUCAGUUGGUGACAUGGUCAAGGGACCAGACACUGAGGAUCUGGCGUGUUGACAACCAGCUGCAGAAGCUGUGUGCCAAUGACGUUAUCGAAGCAGUUGAUGACCUGACUGAUGACGCAGAAAAGACUUUGCAUUUUCAGGACUCUGAGUUACAACAUACUCCUGUUCACGUUACUGAAGAUGAGGAAGCUCAGCGCAGUGAAGUUAAUUCAGGUGUUGCUUCAAAUGAGAAGCAGGAUAUUGUUGGACUACCACAGACACUACAACAGGAAUUCUCAUUGAUUAACCUUCAGAUUCGAAAUGUUAAUGUAGAGAUGGAUGCAGUAAACCGUAGCUGUGCAGUUACAGCACACUGCAGAAGUCAUCAAGUACGAAUGGUGGUUAUGUUUCCUGCUCAGUACCCUAACAAUGCAGCACCCACCUUUCAAUUUACAAACCCAACAACCAUCCCUUCAACAAUGAAGGCCAAGAUACUAAAGAUUUUAAAGGACACAUCCCUUCAGAAAGUGAAGAGAAAUCAGAACUGCUUGGAGCCUUGUGUGAGACAGCUGAUGUCUUGUCUUGAGUCAUGUCUGAAUCAGGAAGACAGCAGCAAUGGGCAUCCAUAUGUUCUUUCCAACUCUGUGAAUCCUCCACUUCCAACAUUUUCACGAGUCACUAACACCUAUGGGUCCUACCAAGAUGCCAACAUCCCCUUUCCUCGAACAUCAGGAGCACGCUUCUGUGGGCCAGGUUGCCUGGUAUACUUCACAAGACCCAUUACUAUGCACCGGUCGGUAUCCCCAACAGAACCUACUCCAAGGUCUUUGUCUGCACUUUCUGCCUACCAUAGUGGAAUGAUGACCCCUAUGAAAAUCCGCACAGAAUCCCAAAGCACUCUUCGCCUAUAUAGUGGAAGCCCUACUCGCAGCGAAAAAGAGCAAGUCUCUAUCAGCUCCUUUUACUACAAGGAACGAAAAUCUAGACGAUGGAAGACCAAGAGAGAAACAGUAGACUCUGGAAGUCGACCAAUAAAAGCUACAGGGAAAGUGAUUAUCCAGAAUAUUUCCUGCCUUUUGCCAUUACACAAACAACUUGGAGAAAUUUACAUAUUGAAUGUAAAUGAUAUUCAAGAGACCUGUCACAGGAAUGCUGCUGCUGCUCUUACAGUCGGGCGCAGAGACUUGGCCAAGGUAUGGGCUUUAGCUGCUGCAGCUACAAGCACUGACUUAUGUCCUGACCCUGACCCUGAUAUUGGCACACCAUGGGCACAACAUCCGUUUGGACGACACCUUUUGGAAACACUGCUCAACCAUUUCAGCUUGAUUCAUGAUGUUCAGACACUAGCUAUGCUCUGCUGCAUAUGUGAGAUGCAAUUUACCCAUCCAGAUUGUUAUACCCUUUUUGGACAGAAUGCACAUCGUUCAGCUGUAUUCAUGUCACAAUACAGAUUUUCCAGCUAUACAUCUUCUGGGUCCUGCUCCAGCACCUCGGAUUCUGGCAUGAAUAUCAGUGUCUGGAAUGUUGUUGGCAGGGAUCCUGAUCAUAUUUCCCCUUGGUGGGAAUCAUCUCCAGAUGACUUUCGUUGUGGAAACCAGACAUAUACAGAUCCCAGAGAACGAGAGAAAGAACAACAUGAUAAAAAUAAACGUUUGCUGGAUCCAUCAAAUACUCUGCAGUAUGAUGAGUUUAAGAAGUGUUAUGGAGAGAUAUUAUAUCGCUAAGGUUAA